CCUCUCUCUCUCUCUCUCUCUCUCUUUUUUCCCUCUUUUUCGCUGGAGCAUUAAAACUCUGGACGAUCCCUGGGCGAUUAUUAUGGGGUAUUUGAGCGUUGGCUAAAUGGGGGCCGAUGGACAUUUUCGCGUGACCUUGUCCCUCAGGAGGGAACCAGGCGCCGGACCGGUUUGCAAGAUGGAGACGUCCGCAAGAUUUCGGCAGCUGAAGACGGUGAAGCUGAGCUGCGAGGCGACGUACCGGCUCGACAUCAGCUUCAAGCCGCCGCAACUUCUGCAGUGGGUACAGUAA